AUGAAAUUUUUCCUUAAAAUUUUCCGAAAUAAUAAUGAUUAUGUGAAUGAUAAUGCCGUAGGAAAAGUGCAUUUCGGAGGUGACGAUGUUAGUUUAUAUGGUACGCCUAAAGAGGAACCGGGUCCGACACCUAUCGGUGCCGUGGAUUCCGGUAAACAAAGCUUCCUCAAAAACCAGCUACAGGCACUCUUCCAACCCACGGAUAAUAAGCUAGCUAUGAAAUUAUUUGGUAGUAAAAAGGCUCUUAUGAAGGAGAGAAUACGACAGAAAGCAGCUGGUCAUUGGGUCAUUCAUCCUUGUUCCAGCUUCCGGUUUUACUGGGAUCUGUGUAUGCUUCUCCUUUUAGUAGCCAAUUUAAUAAUCCUUCCAGUCGCCAUCUCAUUUUUUAAUGACGACCUAAGUACACGCUGGAUUGCCUUCAAUUGUUUAUCAGAUACCAUCUUCCUAAUUGACAUUGUUGUUAAUUUUAGAACAGGUAUUAUGCAGCAGGAUAAUGCCGAACAAGUGAUUCUCGAUCCUAAAAUAAUAGCAAGACAUUAUUUAAAAACUUGGUUUUUUCUCGAUUUAAUUAGUUCUAUACCUCUCGAUUAUAUUUUUCUUAUAUUUAACCAAUUUCAGGAUUUUAGCGAAAGUUUUCAAAUCCUUCACGCCGGACGAGCCCUUAGAAUAUUAAGAUUAGCAAAGCUUUUAAGUUUAGUUCGCCUUUUGCGCCUUUCCAGAUUGGUACGAUAUGUCAGCCAAUGGGAAGAAGUUUAUAUCUUGCAGAACCUUCAAAAAAAACGCACCGAAAGGAGGCAGGGUCGCUACAGUUGUGACGUAACAACGAACAAAAAGAAGUUCAGCAAAAGCAAUCUUAUUUUCAAGUUUCUCAAUAUGGCGAGUGUCUUCAUGAGAAUAUUCAAUCUUAUAUGUAUGAUGCUUCUCAUUGGACAUUGGUCUGGCUGCCUUCAAUUUCUUGUGCCGAUGCUUCAAGGAUUUCCAUCUAAUUCCUGGGUUGCUAUUAACGAACUACAGGAAGCUUUCUGGUUGGAACAAUAUUCUUGGGCACUUUUCAAAGCAAUGUCUCACAUGUUGUGUAUAGGGUAUGGAAGAUUCCCUCCUCAAAGUUUAACGGAUAUGUGGUUGACGAUGUUAUCAAUGAUAAGCGGUGCCACUUGCUAUGCCUUAUUUUUAGGUCAUGCUACUAAUCUUAUACAAAGUUUGGAUUCUUCCAGACGACAAUAUAGAGAAAAAGUUAAACAAGUGGAAGAAUAUAUGGCCUAUAGAAAACUUCCUAGAGAAAUGAGACAGAGAAUAACAGAAUAUUUUGAACAUCGUUAUCAGGGAAAAUUUUUCGACGAAGAAUUAAUUUUAGGAGAAUUAUCGGAAAAGCUAAGAGAGGAUGUGAUUAAUUACAACUGUAGAUCUCUCGUUGCUUCUGUGCCAUUUUUUGCCAAUGCGGAUUCAAAUUUUGUUAGCGACGUCGUAACUAAAUUACGAUACGAAGUCUUCCAACCAGGAGACAUUAUAAUUAAAGAAGGUACGAUAGGUACAAAAAUGUAUUUCAUACAAGAAGGUAUCGUUGAUAUUGUUAUGGCAAACGGGGAAGUGGCAACAAGUCUAAGCGACGGUUCUUAUUUCGGAGAAAUUUGCUUACUUACAAAUGCAAGAAGGGUAGCCAGUGUUCGAGCAGAAACUUAUUGUAAUUUAUUUUCGUUGUCAGUCGAGCAUUUUAAUACGGUUUUGGAUCAAUAUCCUCUUAUGCGUCGCACAAUGGAGAGUGUGGCAGCAGAAAGACUGAACAAAAUAGGAAAAAAUCCUAAAAUCGUUUCUCAUCGUGAGGAGGAAGAAGAAGAUAUGGGAAGCGAAAGUAAAACAAUAAAUGCCGUUGUUAAUGCAUUAGCUGAACAAGCUGAACAAGUAAACACCGAAAAAUCAUUGCACGAAUUGGGACGUGCCAGUCUUCACAUACUCAACCUUCCCCGUCCCAAAUCCGAAAUUAAUUUCGCAGCUCAAGAAUUAGGUUUACAUACGAAUAGGAGUAGCAAACCUAUUUUUCAUAAAUCCGACACUUUUCACAAAGAAUCUGCUUUUCAAUGA